AUGGGCAACCAGAAAGUGAUAAUUCUUCUUGUUAUUUGUCUUCUGCUACCCAUUUUCAUGGGUGUUUUUGCUGUUAAUGAGGAKGAUCAGAAGGUUCYCACUUCUUCUUUAUUUCGUGGUUAUGAUUUCUACAUUGUUUACUUGGGAGAUCUUCCGAGUAAUAAAAAUUCUCUGGCUGAUAUGCAUUUGGAAUAUCUUGCAAGUGCAAUUGAGAGUGAAGAUGGUGCUAGGAGCUCAAUCGUGCAUAGCUAUACGAAAAGCUUCAAUGCAUUUGCUGCCAAGCUUUCUGAUGCUGAAGCAGAACGGCUGUCAAACAUGGAUGGUGUGGUCUCAGUAUUCAAAAAUCGAUACCAUAAGCUGAAGACAACGAGAUCAUGGGACUAUCUUGGGUUUACUCAAACAGUACCAAGAAGUUUGAGCAUGGAGAGUGACUUGGUUGUGGGCAUGCUGGAUUCAGGGAUCUAUCCGGACUCCCCCAGUUUCAGUGACAAAGGAUUUGGUCCUCCACCACAAAAAUUCAAGGGUAGCUGUGGCCCCUUUUCAAAUUUCUCCUGCAACAAUAAAAUAGUUGGAGCAAGGUAUUUCAACCUGAGUGGUCCUAUCAGCGAUUCAGAUAUCUUAUCUCCCAUUGACUCGGAAGGCCAUGGCACACACACAUCCUCAACUGUGGCAGGAAAUGUAGUAAAGGGAGCAAGCCUGUAUGGGAUUGGUAAGGGGACAGCGCGUGGAGCUGUACCAUCUGCUAGGAUUUCAGUGUACAAAGUGUGCUGGGCGGUUGGCUGYGCGGACAUGGAUAUUCUUGCUGCCUUCGACGCUGCCAUCCAUGAUGGCGUUGAUAUCAUCUCUUUGUCUGUUGGUGGUUUCGCUGGUUCAUACAUUUCUGAUUCUAUAGCCAUUGGUUCCUUCCAUUCCAUGAAGAAUGGGAUCCUCACCUCAGCAGCAGCUGGAAACUCUGGACCUUCAGCUGCUAGUGUAAGUAAUUAUGCUCCAUGGAUUCUCACCGUAGCUGCAAGCACUACUGAUCGAGGCUUCAGGAACAAACUUGUUCUGGGGAAUGGCAAGUCUUUAUAUGGAGUUGCAAUUGACACACUGUCUCCAAACAAAAGUUUCUAUCCUCUUAUAAAGGGUGCUGAUGCUGUGCUUAAUACAUCUGAAUACGCGGAUUAUGCAAGUAACUGUUACGAUCGGGCAAUGGACCCCGAGAAGGUGAAAGGAAAGCUUGUAUACUGCGAAGAUUUUGUUGGUUCAGCCGAUUACAGUGUGCAGAAAAUGGGAGGGGUUGGAACCAUACUAGAAUCAGAUAAUGCCAUUUUUGAUGCUGCCUUCAUUUUCAUGCCACCAUCGACCAUGGUAAACCAUAAUCAAGGGAAAAUAAUAAUGGACUACAUAAAUUCCACAAGUUCCCCCAAAGCCGUGAUAUUCAAAACCCAGGCCUUCAAAGUUGCUGCUCCAUCUGUGGCUUCCUUUUCAUCUAGAGGACCUAAUCCUGUAUCAAACAAAGUUCUAAAG